AUGUCGCAAACUGCAAACGUGUUCCCCCGUAGCCAUGUCGGUUUCGACAGUAUCACUUCUCAAAUAGAGCGAAAGCUGCUUAAACGCGGCUUCCAGUUCAAUGUUAUCUGUGUUGGUAUGUAUAGCGAUCUUCCGCAUCCCUUUCUCAGCUCGCGUAUCAUAAUUAUUCUAACUUGGCUAUAGGGCAGACUGGCCUUGGGAAGUCUACCCUGAUCAACACUAUUUUCGCUGCCCAUCUUAUCGAUUCCAAGGGUCGUCUUACUCCCGAUGAGCCUGUGCGAUCCACCACUGAGAUUCAAACUGUUUCCCAUAGUAUGCACUCCCUCCUUUGCGAUUGUUGGAGGACGUGGCUGAUAUGCAAUAGUUAUUGAGGAGAAUGGUGUUCGUCUCCGAUUGAAUAUUGUUGAUACACCUGGAUAUGGUGACCAGGUUAACAAUGAUAGAUGGUAUGCCAUGUUGUGACUGAUGGAAGAUGUUUGGGAGCUGAUGCGGUGCCUAGCUGGGAUCCCAUUGUCAAAUAUAUCAAGGACCAGCACUCAGCCUAUCUUCGCAAGGAGCUUACGGCACAGAGGGAACGCUACAUUCAGGACACACGAAUUCAUUGCUGUCUUUUCUUCAUUCAGCCUUCGGGACACGCGUAUGUUUCCGUAUCCCGGUCUUAUUAGGAUCCUAAUCUAACAUUUCAUGCAGCCUCAAGCCCAUUGAUAUUGUUGUCCUCAAGAAGCUUUCGGAUGUUGUCAAUGUUGUUCCCGUCAUUGCCAAGUCUGACUCCCUGACUUUAGAGGAACGUGCUGCGUUUAAGGAGAGAAUUAGAGAAGAAUUUACCUUCCAUAACCUCAAGAUGUACCCUUACGACAACGAUGAGUUGGACGAGGAGGAGCGUGCUCUCAAUGCGCAAAUCAAAAACGUCAUUCCCUUCGCCGUUGUUGGUUCGGAGAAGUCAAUCAUCGUAGAUGGGAAGCAGGUUCGUGGUCGUCAGAACAGAUGGGGUGUUAUUAAUGGUAUGUUUGGGUCAAUCCUCAAGAUUAGCCUGUUGGGUGCUAAUUGGAAUAGUUGAGAAUGAAAGCCACUGCGAAUUUGUCUUUCUACGAAACUUCCUUACCCGCACCCAUCUCCAAGAUCUAAUUGAGACAACCUCUCAGAUCCACUAUGAGACUUUCCGUGCAAAACAGCUUUUGGCUUUGAAGGAGUCCAGUGCCGCUGGUGCGGGAAGCAGUAGGCCUAUUUCACCAGCUGCUGACAGGGAGCUGAGUAGAGGCUCUCAGCAGAGGAUGACGAUCAACGGAUAUUAA